AUACAUUUUACACAAACCACAUUUCCCAGCAUGCACCGGGCGAGGUUAGGGGUUACUGUGACACGUGUAGCGAACAACAACAAGGCUUUCUGCCUUGGCUUAACAUUCAGGACUUUGCCCCGUUUAUUGAUUAACAUAACUGUUCUACACACACACACGUGUCAACGUCGAUGCGAGACCCCGCUAACAAUCCUGCUGGGAACCGUCUGCUGGACUGCUGCGGAGGGCUCAACAACAUCGAUUACUCCAAGAUGGACUUGUCUCUGAUGGAAAACCUCCUCAGAUACAUCAACUUUCAGGAUUCCAGCUUUUGUAUUGCGGUUAUUGCAAUCAUUUUCAAUCCUUUUUUCUGGAAUAUGGUGGCGAGAUGGGAGCAUCGCACCCGGGGACUCUCCAGGCUGUGCGGCAGCCCCUACAUAGCCUGUUAUUGCCUGGCCUUUGUCAUCAUUCUGCUCAAUAUUUACCGCAGUCACUGGAUGACUAUUGCAAUGAGGAACCAGGCCAGGUGGGAGGUGAUGGACCAAACUGGAGUUUUCUACGGGGGUAUCGCCUUGAUGGUGAUUGGGACUGUCCUGGUGGUCAGCAGCUUCCUCGCUCUGGGCUUCACUGGAACCUUUCUGGGUGAUUAUUUUGGCAUUCUGAUGGAUGAAGAGGCGACAGGUUUCCCCUUCAACAUCAUGGAGAAUCCGAUGUACUGGGGCAGCACUGCCAACUACCUCGGCCUGGCUCUCAUAGAAUCCAGUCCAGCUGGUUUAGUCCUCACUGCCGUCGUGGCUGUGACCUACAAGGUGGCGAUACGGUUCGAGGGACCUUUCACUGCCCAGAUCUAUCAGCAGAGAAGUCAGCGAGGCAAGCAUGAAUGAGCGCCUUCCUCCCGACACAUCCUGCUCCUGCAGGGACUGCAGAUCAUCAGCACAUGUGAGCAGGCGGAGCGGCUCAACACCUGUCCUGGUCAUUAAUUCACCUCCAGCGUCGACGCACAGGAAAUGUUCACCCUCCAGAUCACUGUUCUUCUUGUAAUUCAGUCGUUUAAUAAACAGUGAAAAUAUAUGGACCCUCUUUUCCAGCAUGGACCAUAUAACUACGAGAGACCGUCUCAGAGAUGAAGGUUAAUAGGAAAUUGAUGUUUAAAGUCUGAUAAAUAACCUGACGUGACAGUGCGGGUACGGACGGGGUUCUUUAUCUCAGAUCUAUGCUUCUGUGGUCUCGAGACUCAGACCGUGCCAGUUCUUACAUAACUACGAUGGUAAACUGUGGUGUGUACUUAUGAUUUAGCAAAGAUGCUCCAAAGACGUUAGUAGAAAUGAAGGAAGCAACAAACUUUACAGUUUCCAAGGACAACGCUGCCCAAACACACAACUGUAUUCCUCAAAAUGUUCAUCUAUGUACUUUAUUAAAAUUACAAAACUGUUAGGACUAUGUCAUCUUCUCACAAAAAUAUUCUUAAAUUUUGCCAUGUAUGUUGAACAGCUGCAACAUUUUCAAUUUCAAUCCCAAUACUUUCUUUUGCAUUCUGAUGUUUAGCUUUGCACAUUUGAACAUUCUAAUGUUUUUUUUUUACCAUUCAUGAUAAAAAAAUACUUAUUGGAAUGGAGGAGGGGCAGAAAACGGGAUUACAAGCAAGUUCAAAUCCCAUCCAGCCCAAAACUGUUACAGAUUUCAGUUGCGGCUGGUUAAGAGUUUGGCUACAACAUCAUCCUCUCACUAUUUCUGAGCCUUUAGCCUUUAUUUUGAUACCACUAAGUUAAAGAGAUGUGAACUAGGUAUUUAUAACUCAUUUUUGUGCAGUUAUGGGUCCAGGCUCUUAUUAAAGUUUGUUCAAAUUCAGGCUAGUUAUUGCCCAGGGUUGGUGCCGCAGCUGUGAGCUAAAGACACACGUGUGGUCCAAUACACAGUACAUGUGUUACUUAUUGACCACGACUGGUUCAUCAGCCACAGAUCAAUCACCCCGACUGCAUUCAAAAUGAUCUAGGAGACUCACAGUUUAUGUUCACAUUGAUAUUUUUGGAAUACCUAGAUUGAUUUUCUAAAGCGUAAGUGUUUUUCAUGCUCAGAGAAGAAAAAAAGCACAUUUAUGGUGAUAAUUUGAACUGUAAUUCUGGAUCCCAUUAAGACAGAUACGUUCAACUGUUGUCACUUUUAUUGCUCAAAUCAAAUCUCAAAUGUGCUUUGCAUCACUUUGAGCGUGGGACUCCUGCAGUGAAAUCAAUUAUCAUUAAAUCACAAAUUAUCACAAGGCCUGGAUGCUGAUUGGAAUCAGUUCAGAUUCAAUCUUAUUCUAUUAUAGUUGCAUUUGAAUCAUUAAACUCUCUCCAGUGACAGAUUUCUUAAUAUAAAUAACUUUGCAAAUAUUUGUUCAACACCUGUGUGUUUCUUGCCCAUUUUAAGUGUUAUUGUUGAUUGUAUUUCCAUGAUCCGUUUCCACCAGCUCCUCGUGAAUUUUAAUUCUUCUAAAAGUCACUCUAUUUCACCGUAGCAAUUCUCCUGAAAGUAAAAGCAUAGCCCUAUUUUUGGUCUUCAAACACCAAGAAACCUACAGUGUACCAUUCUUUUGCAUUGCAUAUUCUAUAAAGGAUGUAAAUGUAAAUUAUUUUAACUGUCCCCAUAAAUUCCCUCAUUGCAUACCCUCAUACCUACCAAAGGGAGUAAUACACGGCACCUGGCACUGUACUUUUACA